AUGGAAUUUGAAUCCAUGGAGUUCUUCACCAAUUACAAUUACUUUUCAUCACCCGAAACCUUUUUCCAUACCCAUGAAGGAAAUUCUUGCUCUUCUCUCUCAGAAAAUUCCUCUCAAAAUUCCUUUCAAGAAGGAAGCUUCUUGGAAUAUGAUGAUCAAAAUUUUCUUCAAUUUGAUCCAAUCGAUUACAAUCCUGAAGAUUUUCUCGCAAUUACCUCUAUAGAUCCUCAAAACAUUCAAGAAUCGAGCAAUCAUUCAGGACAUGUAGAAGAAGAAGAUCAUGAAGAAGAGCAAGAGAAGUCCAAUAAUAUCAUUUUCAAAGGAAUUCAAGCAGAGUUAAUGGAAGAAGAGAGCUUAACAGAUCUAUUACUAGCAGCAGCUGAAGCAAUUGAAGCACAAAAUCAUGUCCUUGUUUCCAAUUUGAUUGAAAAGCUCAAGAAUUUACUUUUAUAUGAUAUGGGCUCAUCUUCAUUCAAUCAAUUAGCUUGGUUUUUCACUCAAGGACUCCAUUACAAGACUGUUGAUUAUAAUAUUCUAGCAGCUCAUCAUCAAAUCCAGAUUAAGAAUUAUAACUCCAUGUCAGCUUUUCAAAUGCUUCAACAGCUUUCUCCUUAUAUAAAGUUUGCUCAUUUCACAGCCAAUCAAGCAAUUCUUGAAGCAGCAGAAGGGGAAAAAAUGAUUCAUAUUAUAGAUUUUGAUAUCAUGGAAGGAAUUCAAUGGCCACCACUAAUGGCAGAUCUUGCUGCUAAGGAACAUGUUUGUUCUUUGAGAUUAACAGCCAUUGUACAAGACAAUGAAAAUGAGAGGAAGAUUAUUGAGCAAACAGGGAGGAGAUUAAGUGAAUUUGCUAAAUCAAUCAACCUCCCUUUCAUAUUUGAUCAAAUGGGGAUUGAAAAAGCAGACAGGUUUGAAGAAAUUCAAGUGAUGGGUGAGACAGUAAUUGGCAAUUGUAGUGGCAUUUUUCACCAUAUUUUAAGCUAUGAAAACUUAUCAAAGUUCGAAAUUUUUUUAGAUGGGGUUUCUAAACUUUCACCUAAAUGCGUAGUUUUAGUUGAAGAAGAGCUUUUCAAUGUCACUAAACAGCUUGGACUUGGAGGGCCUCAACCAACAAUGUCUUUUGUGGAGUUUUUCUUUGAAGCUUUUCACCAUUUCUCUGCUCUUUCAGAUUCACUUUUGAGAUGCUUUUCUGGGGUUUAUGAAAACGGAUUCAAACAAGUGAUGGAUGAGUUUUUGGGGACAAGAAUUUUGGACUCUGUUACUCAAUUCCCUUGUGAUAAAACUCAUGUGUGGGGAAGUGGUUUUGAUCAUUUGCAAGGCUACAACAAAAUCCCUUUUACUUCUUUCAAUUGCUCUCAAGCUAAGUAUUUGAUUAGUCUUUUUAGAGGAGAUUUUUGGGUGCAACAUGAGAAAUGCAACUUGAGUUUGUGUUGGAAAUCAAGGCCUUUGUGUACAGCUACAAUUUGGGUUCCAAGUGUGGAAAGUUGGACCAAAAAUAUCACGCAAAUUUGA